AUGAGUACCUCGUCUCCAGGAGCGCAGGGAACUGCGUCACAUCAUUCCGAGAAUCUAUCGAGGAAUGGUAAUGAUUCAGGUGUAGUUUUUGAACAGACUGCGCAAGAUGAAUACGUCUACGUUGCGGAUGGUUACAACUUGAUUCGGCGCAUCAUCUUCAUUAUGACGGUGUGCUCUUCCAUGUUCACCAAUCAGUUGGGCUUAUGCAACAGCCUCUCAACGCUCGAGAUAAUCGGAGACUCAUUCGGUGUCACUGCGCCUGGUCAACUGUCGUGGACAGUAUCUGGCUACGGCUUGACUCUGGGCACAUUCGUCUUGAUCGGAGGACGGUUGGGGGACGAGUUUGGCAACAAGGCAAUCUUCAUCAUCGGUAUGGGCUGGCUUGCUUUAACUAGCAUGAUGGCAGGAGUCUCUGUCUAUUCCAGCUGGCCCGUCUUCGUCCUUGCUCGUGUCUUGCAAGGCCUUGGUCCCGCCUUGACUGUGCCUAAUGCACUCGCCAUCUUCGGCAAAUCCUUCUCCCAGGGCCCUCGAAACAUGGGGUUCGCAUGGUUUGCUGCAUCAGCCCCAGUCGGUGCAAUGGCGGGUCUCCUCUUUGGGGCCCUCUUCGCCAUGGCGUGGUGGCCAUGGAUCUACUGGAGUCAGGCUUUAGGAGUUGCCUUUCUCUUCGUCCUCGCUAUGUUUGCAAUUCCAAACAUGCCUAUUGAGGAUGAGCAUAAACAGCGACGAACGAUUCGCGAAACCUUGGACCGCCUUGAUAUCCCGGGAGGUGCCAGCGGUGUGACAGCUCUGGUCCUGUUCAACUUCGCCUGGAAUCAGAGCCUGGUUACUACGUGGGACGAACCUUACGUGUACGUGUGCCUGAUCUUAAGUUUUGUAUUUCUGGCGGCAUUCCUUUACAUCGAGAUUCGCCUAGCUCGCUAUCCAAUCCUACCGGUCGCCGUUCUCACUUCCGACAUCGCCUUCGUCUUUGGUUGUACAGCAGCGGGCUGGUCCACGUUUGGUAUCUGGCUUUUCUACGUCAUCCGAAUAUGCCUUAACAUCGGUGGCCAAACUCCUAUUCAACUGGCUGCAUGGUUAUCUCCUAUCCUCGUCACCGGCAUAUCAACAGCAUUAAUUGUUGGCAAAAUAAUCACCAAGGUUCCAGCCCCGUUCAUCAUGUUGUUUGCAAUGCUUUGCUACUUCCUCACUUCCCUUCUCAUGGCCCUGCGACCCGUACACUCGAUUUACUGGACCUACUUCUUUUUUGCCACCAUCAUCGCCACCUUCGCGAUGGAUUCAUCAUUGCCUGCGGCCACGAUCAUCUUCUCGAACGCAGUGCCUCGUCAGUAUCAGGGUAUGGGAUCCAGUGUGAUCAUGACCAUCGUUGUCUACAGUAUCUCGCUAGGUCUUGGUUUCGCGGGUACCAUUGAGCUUCAGAUAAAUGAUGGUGGACACACGAAGGCAGAGUUGCUUCAUGGUUACAGGGGUACGCUCUGGUUUUCCGUCGGGCUGACGGCAUUCGGCACUGUUCUCGCCCUUGUCUUCCUUCUCAAAGACCAUCGCAGACGACGGUUAGCUAAGAAUCAAGGGGAAGAGGAGAAGACUGAUUCAACGGAGGCUUGA